AAAAAGAAGAUAAAUUAUGUGGCACUCGAGCGGGAAAAGUUUAUGAAAUCAGGCAAGGCUUCAAUAGGCAAAAGAAAAAAGAAAUCAGAAGCAGAUAUAUUGGAACGCCUGCGAGGCUUCCAAGAAAAACUACACACCGUUGUCGCCGAGGACACUGUAAUAUUACCCUUACAGCCAGACGAUACAGAACUGUGUUCUCUUCAUUCCGUUCCUAAUUGUCUCUCAUGUCGCGACACGUUUGGUCAAUCAAAAGCUACUGAUACCGACGAAGGAUGGCUAUCACACAAACUUGUCUUUGAGAAAGAUUACAAGGGAAAAGAUCUAAUGCAGAGGAGAGAUGACCCUAACGAUUAUGUUGUAAUAGAUCCUUUAGAGCGAAAGAAACAGGCCAUAGAAGAACAGCGCGAGAAGAGGGCACAAAGAAACGAUAUUGGGGAGGCCUUCCAACGUAUCGAGACUAUACCAUACUUACCAGCUCUGACAAUAACCAAACGUAAUGAUGUAGAAUUUGUUAGAACUAGCUAUCCCUCUCACGAUUUAACGGAUUUCCCAUGCCAUGCUCACCUCGCAUAUCCAAAGAUUCCGCCCACAGUGAUUGUCUAUAAACAAGAGACAUGUUUGCAAGCUGCGUCUGAUGGAUAG